AUCGAUCUAAAGCUCAUACCCACACACAACUCAAAUACAAACCAUAAAACUCACCGCUUCUAUAUACCACCAUGCAGUACUACGAAACACGUGAAAAAGAAUACUACGAUGUGACUCAAGUCCAGAGCCGUCCAGGCUAUGACCAGAGCCACCAGGGACAUGGCCAGAACCACCAGGGUCAUGGUCUGAUCCAGAGCCGCCCAGUAUAUGGAAAUAGCCCGACUAUGAACCACCGUAGCCACGGUGGGUUUCUUGAUGGGCUGUUCAAGGGUAAAAAUGGCCAGAAGGGUCAGACUGGUCUAGGGGCGUUUCUAGGGCAACACAAUAGCCAAGAGCCUAACAAGGACCAUGGACAUGGAAAGCUCUUAGGACAUCACCAGAAGAAAACUCAUGAGACAAACAAAGUUACUAAUGGUCUAGGAAUGUUCAUUAACAAUGGAGAGAAGAAGCAUAAGAAGCAAAAUGAGCACAAGAAGAAGAAGAAGAGCAAGGAUGGGCAUGGCAGCGGCAAUGAGAGUGGAAGCAGCAGCGAUAGCGACAGCGACUAAAUCAAAUGCUUUCACAAUCUGAUGCUUCUAAGGGAGACUAUAUAUGUUAAGUAAUUAAUAAGACGUGUUGUUUAAAUAAAAACCACUUAGAUGGUUGUGUGUCUUGUCUUCACUAGCUACUAUAAUCUACUUUUUUAUACUUUUAUUUACAGAUAUCAAUGCCUAUAACACAUAUCAAUACCCAGCUUAUAAUAAGUUAUCCAUUGUUAUAAAUAUAUUUUUACUAA